AUGGAAUUGCAGUAGGUUUAUCAUUUUUUUGUUUAUUUACUGUACGAUUAACCCCUUAGGCGUGUCUGAGUCACGUUUUUUUACUUAAUUUCUGAUGGUUAAUGUAAUUAUUUUUCCUUUCUUUGAACAUCUGUUCUUUCAGCAGGAUUUUAACUCGAUUUGUUCGCCUCCAACCUUUCCUCAGUCAACAUCGACGAUUUCUCUGUCAGAAAAUGAGUGACGAGGUCAAGAAGGCCCAGACCGCCGAUCCCAAUGUCCAGGACACCAUCUUCGGGAAGAUAAUCAGAAAGGAAAUCCCGGCCAAGAUCAUCUACGAAGAUGAAAAUGUGCUCGCAUUCCAUGAUGUGUCCCCCCAAGCACCCGUUCACUUUCUGGUCAUUCCGAAGAAGCCUAUUACGAUGAUCGAGAAGGCCGGAAAGGAGGAUGAGGCCCUUCUGGGCAAACUUUUCUUGGCCGCCAAAGAUGUGGCCAAGACUGUUGGCCUGGAAAACGGAUACAGAAUUGUGGUGAACAACGGGAAGGAGGGAUGUCAAAGUGUGUACCAUCUCCAUCUGCAUGUCCUUGGCGGUCGUCAACUGAACUGGCCUCCAGGAUAA